UUUGGGUGGGGCUGGAAAACCCAUGUACAUGACAUCAAAUUAAAGAUACGCAGCUGCAGUGAUUUAGAGCUAGACAUCCAAUAGUAGCUAGCUAUGGACGACCCUGUAACAGACGUAGUGAUAGUAUCUGAGCCUCACAACUGUCCAGACGGCUACACUGUGCUCAGAGAGUGUCCCUGUGGGCAUGAAGCCCAGCUGUGGGAGAUGGUGCGUGGGGGGAUAGACAACAACAGGUAUCUCUGUUUCACCAAGAAACCAAUGAGCACUGACAAAGAAAAGGACACUGUGAUAGAGAGCUUGUAUAUCCCAGGGCCAGGGGUCCAGUAUCUCAUGCCUUUCUACGAGGUAAUCUCCAAGACAGUGGAGGGACAGAGAGAACCUCUCAGACACAAGCAGCUAGCACUGAAAAGGGUACCUAGGAGUCAGGCCAAGAAAGUGGUGUCUGAUAUAGUGGUGGCAAAGGGGAAAGACAGCAUCUCAAAGAAAUUUAUAAGAUUGGAGAAGAUCAAUGGUGUUCGUAUUUGCUUCCGCCAGGAAGAAUACACUGAGCCUCUCUCUCCAACAAGACCAUCUCAUACAAUGGACGACAUGGCCGUUGGCACAAAAAACCUCUCCCUGGACAACAAAAGAAGCAGAGCACAAACCGUCACUCCCAAACGUAUACAACAAACCUCUCCACCUUCCGAGAUUGAAGUGAGACGUUCAAGUUUGCCAGAAGCUGAAUACUCUUCAAUGCUGCCAAUAGUGGAGGAAGUUGCAACUGUCAAACUUGUUCAGAGCCUAGCCUCGGCUCCAUCACCAUUCGUCUCCACACCACCAGUUGACCAACCACCUACCGACCACCCUCCACAGAGGUACCCCCAACCGAGUGGGCAACCUUUUGAAGCCACACCUCUGUCCCAAUAUCCUCCUGCACCCAGCAGUGGCUAUCAGGGCUACCAGGCUCCAUCACCAUUGGUCUCCACACCACCAGUUUACCAACCACGUACCGACCACCCUCCACAGAGGUACCCCCAACCACCUCUGUCCCAAUAUCCUCCUGCACCCAGCAGUGUCUAUCAGGGCUCCCAGUACCCACCACCGGCUAGAUAUCCACAACCUGCUGUUGCUGGCUACCAUCCUCAAGCAUACACUCGACCAGAUGGCUACCCACCAUCGUAUGGCCAACCAAGGGGGGUUCCCUAUGUAGCCCCACCUACUAACGUGGGCUAUGACACCAGUAUUGGGUUCAGUGUCGGUGGAGGAGGGAGCACAUACCCUCCACCCCCAUCACAAUACCCCGCAUCUCAGUAUGGUAGGCUGUCUGGCCAGUAUCCUCAUCCCCCGGCAACCACACCAAGCCAGCCAACCUACCCACCUGGUGAACCUUCAACGAACUCACAUCAUAGCUACGGAUUCAAUCUUUGAUCACUGAGCAUUAGUACAUAUAUUGGUUGUGUUAACUUAGCCUGUGUUGUAUUGUUACUGCAUAAUUUAUUCUCAGAAGUCUUA